UAUCCGCUACAAGUGUGAAACUGUGGUGAAUGGAGUUCAGAUUAGACUAAAAGGCUGCACUGAGGUAAGAGGUUUAGCGCCAAGUUAAAUCUACUCCUCCCUACAAGGCGCCAGCUCAGAGGAACUAGCCCGGCCUGGAUACACACACACACAAAGAGCACCUCCGAGUCUGAACAACAGGCAGUGAAGUUACACAAUAUUCGUAUUUCUUUUUUAGACGUGGAUACGAGUGAACUUCAAGGGCAGAGUCUUGGGGUUUACUCAGAAACUGACAGCACCGCCUCAGAGUAUAAUGCGAGGACAACGGGAAGACACAGAACCAAAGUCUGUAGCUCCCGAGGCGCCCAAAGAAAACACAGUACGACCGAGAAAGAGGAAGGCAGAUGUUGCCAUUUAUUUACAAGAUCUGGAUGAGGAGGUAGCAGAGAUGACGAGAAAGAAGCAGCGUGACACCGAGCUGGCCUGGAGUCCUGGUGCUGGUUACAAAAGUCCACACAGGUGGAUCCCCACACCUGAUCAGGAAGAGGACCAACCACUUGCCCUGAUAAAUGCAGGCUUCCCCCACUACAACUUUCACAACAUAUUUGUAACCCCUGUGCACUGCGCCCCACUCCCUGCGCUGUGCUGGGCCAGUAAGGAUGUGGUUUGGAGCAACAUGUUGGAAAAGGAUAAAACCUACACCAGGGACGUCCAUGUGAUGGAGAAGCAUCCUCAUCUGCAGCCCAAGAUGAGAGCUAUUCUCCUGGACUGGCUCAUGGAGGUGAGUGAGGUGUACAAACUGCACAGGGAGACAUAUCACCUCGCUCAGGACUACUUUGAUCGCUUCAUGGCCACACAGAGAAACGUCUUCAAAACAACACUGCAGCUCAUAGGCAUCACCUGUCUCUUUAUUGCUGCCAAAGUAGAGGAGAUGUAUCCUCCCAAGGUCCACCAGUUUGCCUACGUUACAGACGAGGCCUGCACUGAAGAUGAGAUUCUCAGUAUGGAAAUCAUUAUCAUGAAGGAGCUGAAGUGGAGCCUGAGCCCACAGACUCCCAUCUCCUGGCUCAAUGUUUACAUGCAGGUGGCCUACCUGAAAGAUUCAGAGGACUUGCUCAUCCCCAGAUACCCCCAGGCUACCUUCACACACAUAGCAGAGUUGUUGGACCUGUGUACGCUAGAUGUGCGUUGCCUUGAGUUUUCCAAUGGCAUCCUUGCUGCUUCAGCCCUGUUUCACUUCUCUUCUCUGGAGCUGGUGGAAAACGUUUCAGCUCUGAAGAAGGUGGAGGUAGAGGAGUGUGUGAGGUGGAUGGUGCCAUUUGCCAUGGCGCUGCGGGAGGUUGGUGGGUUACCUAUGAAAACAUUCGCAGGGAUCCCUGCAGAUGACAUGCACAACAUCCAGUCCCAUGCCCCGUAUCUCACAUGGCUGGACAAGGCCUACUCUUACCAGGACAUGGACCUGGAGUGUCACAGCAACUGCACUGUCCCCUCAGGCGUCCUGACUCCACCUCUGAGCAGUGAGAAAACAGACGAGAUGGUCCGAGUGGAUGCCGCAAGGCUGAAAAUGAGGCCGAGGAUGCAAACUGAAUCACCACAGCUGCAGCCUCCAAAUUAGAGAAGCAACCACUGAAACUGAUAAGACCAGAGCAAAUCCUAAUUAGAGUUUUAUAUUAUAGCUGUAAGAAAGAAGCGACUCCAGUGUGUUGGCUCUGAACAGUGACACCUCUGCAGUAUCAGUACACAUGUACGGUGGAUUUUUGGAGGGGAAACACUGACGGAAAUGGCAUUUUCUCAUUUCAAAGUCACCCUGAUUACUUGGAUCCACAUGCUUUUAAAUGUCUCUGUAGGAGGCGGGGGCCCACGCUGACUUUGGAUAAAUUCGGGAACCACUGACAAUCAGUGAACGAAUGGUUGGGGUGGCCCCUAUCCCCACAGGAGUCUAUUUAACCCUCCAGUCAGGAUGAAAACACAAAGCAAAGGGCCAGUAGGGAUGGGAUGGCCCACGAGGAGAUUUUUGUUUUUUAAUUGUACCCUCAUGCCCGCAUUAAUUACCAGUCACACCUACAUUUAGUGGUUGCCAUCUUUAUUUUCUAUGCAGAGGCCAAAUUGACUUUUAUGGAGUCUGUAUUUGAUCGUGAGCGUGUGAAUAGUGAUUGGUGUUUUGUUUUUUUUACAUUCUGGUAGUGGCCUCAUUUGCCCAAAAAACUAUUCCUAGGGCCACUUUUGGCUCUAUGUGCUGCUAUAAAGUGGGCUUUGCAUGAUUUAGGGGAGAGAGAGAGAGAGUGUGUGAGUGAGUGUGUGUGUGUGUGUUUGUGGAUUUUCUUUUUCUUUUUUUUUUCUUUCUUUUAAUGAUAUGAAAUAGGGUGUUGCUCUUGUUUUUGGUUCUACUCUUGUCAUUUUAUUGGACAAAACAUGGCCAUGUUUUACUUGGGGACCAGUAGCUCGGCUACAGAAAUGGACAAGUGAAAAAGCCAGGCUUCAGAAGCUAAACUAUUGAAUGUAUUUAACUUUUUUUUUUUUUUUUUUUAUCCCAACCUGCAGUUU